AUGAAGAAGUUGAAUAGAACUUUCCCGAUGUCAGCCUACGAAGAUUUGCUCACAAAAGUUACAGCACCGACACUUACCACAGAAAACUGGGAAGGAAUUCUUGGGUUCUGUGAUAUGAUCAAUAAAGAUUAUGAGGGUCAAAAAACUGGAUUGAAGGCUCUUCGUAAGCGACUAAACAACCGUGACCCACAUGUAGUUCUUCUUGCCGUUUCUGUUCUCGACUCAUGUUGGGCAAAUUGUCAAGAACGAUUCAGAAAAGAAGUUUCGUCUGCUCAGUUCAUCAAUGAACUCAAAGCACUUUGCACUUCGAGUCAGCGUCAAGUUGCUGAAAAAAUGCGGUUGACUCUUCAAAAAUGGGUUGAUGCCGAAUGUAAAAAUGAACCAUCACUUUCAUUGAUCGUUUCUUUGUACAAAAAUCUUGUUGCGGACGGAUAUUCAUUCACUGUGGAUGAUCCAAAAAGCAAGAAGAAAGCGAUUGAUGCGAAAUAUGCAAACGACCCGAACUAUGUUGGAUCCGCACAAGAAGAAGAAGAUAUUGCGAAAGCCAUCGCUGCUUCACUGGCUGACGCUGAAAAACAAGUUAAAAAAUCAACUUCUUCAUCGAUGUAUCCAUUGACGAAGUCUACGAGCCCACCAACUCAAUCCACUCCAAACUCAGAAAGGAAAGUCAGAGCUCUGUAUGAUUUUGAAGCCGCUGAAGGCAACGAACUUUCGUUUGUUGCUGGAGAUAUUAUCACUAUUACAGACGAAAGUAAUCCUCAUUGGUGGACGGGGCGUAUUGGCACUCAACAAGGGUUGUUCCCAUCCAGUUUCGUGACGAACCAACUUGAUGAUACGAAAUCAAAAGAUGCCGAGGCUUCUCAAAAAACUCCAGAAGUGGUUGCCUCAAUCAACGAGGCUGUGCUUGUUCGUUGUCUUCAAGUUCUUCACGAAUGUGAUCCCACUGGAGAGCGUCCAGAUCCUGCAGAUUUAGCUCAACUUGAAGCUGCUUCAUAUGCUCAAGGAAGUCUUAUCGAUGCUCAUCUGGCAAGCAUAGAUCGACAGAGUAAUUCAUUGGCUCAAAUUGACAUUGCAAUUCGCGAUGUUCUUGCUCUUUACGAUGACGCUGUUCAGAAAAGCGGGUUCCAGCCGAAUCAACAGAUGUAUCAACAGCAGAUGCAACAGUAUAACUAUCAGCAACCGCAAGCACCCUACUACCCACCAGCAGGACAACCUCCACAGCAACAUCAGUAUCCACAGCACUACAAUCCAGCUGUACAACAACAACAGCAACCACAACAGCAGCAGCAACAACAACAUCAGUAUGGAUAUCCUCAAAAUGUGGCACCGGCUCAGCAAGUUCCACAUCCUCAACAUCCUCAGCAGCCACAACAGCAACAACAAUGGGCUCCAGCACCUCAGAGCCAACAAUAUUAA